AUGUCUUAUUCCACUCGCCAGAUCGGCGCGCAGAACACUCUCGAGUUCCGCACCUUCCUCGAGAAGGACGGCAAGAUCGUCUCGCCCUUCCACGAUGUCCCCCUCUUCGCCAACGAGGACCGCACCGUCCUCAACAUGAUUGUCGAGAUCCCCCGCUGGUCGAACGCCAAGCUCGAGAUCUCCAAGGAGGAGAAGUUCAACCCCAUCCUCCAAGACACCAAGAAGGGCAAGCUCCGCUACAUCCGCAACUGCUUCCCCCACAAGGGCUACAUCUGGAACUACGGUGCCUUCCCCCAGACCUGGGAGGACCCCGCGGCCCAGCACCCCGAGACCAAGGCCAACGGCGACAACGACCCUCUCGACGUCUGCGAGAUAGGCGAGACCAUCGGCCACGUCGGCCAGGUCAAGCAGGUCAAGGUCCUCGGCAUCAUGGCCCUCCUUGACGAGGGCGAGACCGACUGGAAGGUCAUCGUCAUCGACGUCAACGACCCCCUCGCUGCCAAGCUCAACGACAUUGAGGACGUCGAGCGCCACAUGCCCGGCCUCAUCCGCGCCACCAACGAGUGGUUCAGGAUCUACAAAAUCCCCGACGGCAAGCCCGAGAACACCUUCGCCUUCUCUGGCGAGGCCAAGAACCGCAAGUACGCGACCGAGAUCGUCCACGAGUGCAACGAGGCGUGGAAGCGCCUCAUCGCCGGCCAGGCUGACAAGGGCAAGAUCGACAUCUCGAACACGACCAACCCGUCGUCGCCCGGCUACACCACCUCGACCGAGUCCGUCCCCGCCGACUCGCGCCAGCCCGCUGCGCCCAUCGACGCCAGCAUCGACAAGACCUUCUUCAUCUCGGGACACGCUGUUUAA